AUGUUGGUACUCAUGAAUGGAGUCGAAGCAUUCUCCUUCCUCACCAUCGGGAAUGCACGUGAUUCUCGGGCCGUCACCCUCGGAAGGAAGGGAUGUGCUGCAUGGCCGACGGCACGCCCCCGUACAGGUUUGACGAGCUUGCGAGCAAGCACGGAAGUCAUAGCGAUCGCCAAGGCGGCGGCAGCAGCGGGAGGAGAUGCUCUCCUCCGACCCUUCUGGCUCAACGAGAUCUGGGGCCUUACCAGUGUCAUCAUUCUUAUAGGCCUCCUCUACGAGAAGGCGGAGAAGGCGCUAAAGCGUGCUGUUCCACAGACGUUCCUCCCCGUGAUCAACGCGAUGCUGAACGAGCUGGGCGCCCUGGGCUUUAUCAGCGCUCUGGUGUUCCUCUCCACCCACCAGGGGGUCGGCCUGUCGAUGCUCAAGAAGCUUGCUGCCUUGUUCGGUUCCAGCAUGCACCACGUCAUUCACGACUUCGAACUGCUGCACUUUGCGCUGUUCGCAGUGGUGAACCUCUACUUCGUCCAGGUUCUCUUCGUCAUCUUUGGGGUGAUCAAGACGUACCAGAAGAUCGAAGCGUUCGACAAGGUUCAGUUCAGCGGGGGAGGCUCGAGCCCCUCCAAGUGGGAGGACAGAGACUCGAGGAUCGCCAUCAUCAAGAGCAUGUCCAUGUACCAGGCAAGCAAGCCCGACAGCUCGCUGCAGGAGAAGAUCAGCCGCUAUGUCAGCAAUCUCUUUGGAUGGGACAGGCAGAUCGGAGGUAUCGUGAUCCCCUUGAUGCUGUGA